AGACUGGCGGGGGACUGCCCAUCCACCUCUACUCGGUGGCGGACGCAGCCUUCAGAGCCAUGCUGUCAGAGAAGGCCAACCAGUCCAUCAUCAUCUCAGGCGAGAGCGGGGCCGGGAAGACGGAGGCGACCAAGCGGAUGUUGGCGUACCUGGCGGAGCUUCAGAGCUCCAAGCAUGAGUCAGGAGGCCGGCGCUCGGUGGAGUCGCAAGUGCUGGAUGCCAACCCUGUGCUCGAGGCCUUUGGCAACGCCAAGACGGUCCGGAACGACAACUCCUCGCGCUUCGGCAAGUUCAUCGAGGUGGAGUUCGACACUUCGGGGAAGCUGCUCAGCGCCCAGACCCUCGGACGCCCAAGCCGGGAGGCUACGGGAGAAGGGAUGGGUCUUGUGACCUUCGUUCGUUAA